AUGAAAUCGAUGAAGACUCUUCUGAUGAUGAAGAUUACUCCGAUGAAGAAAUGGAAGAUUCUUCCGAUGAUGAUGAAGAUGAAGAAUUAUUGCAACCACAACAACAUCAACCACAACAACAACCAGAAAGUGUUUACUACGAAGAAGUCGAUGAAGAAGAAGAAGAAUCCGAAGAAGAAGAACAAUCUGAAAACUUCAUCUUGUUAUUCAGAAGAUGAAUCCGAUGAUGAUUAUUAUAUCUAUUCCGAUGAAGAUAUUGUUAAAGAAGAACAAAUCCCAAGAUCAUUACCAAUUACUUCAUUCAAUACUUUGCCAACCAUUGAUUUAUCAUUAGAUACUAUUACUGAAGAAGAAGAAGAAGAAUUACCUGAAUUAGCUGAAAAUUAUUCAUCAAGUGAAGAAGACGAAGAAGAAGAAGUAUUAUUAUAUGAUUUGAAUAGAAUUAAUCUUUCUAAUUCUUCAAAUGCUUCUACUACUCAUAAUGAAAAGAAACCAAAUACUGAAUUUGAAUUAUCAUCAACCACUCCAGCAGAUCAUCAACCAAUUAGUUUAUUCAGACAUGAAAAUAUCUCAUUAGAACAUGUUUUCUAG